AUGGCGGAGGUGACGACGAAGAAAAGAGGUCGUCCUGCGAAGAAACAGAGUCCAGGGAGCGAAGUAAAUUUGCAUCAUGAUAGCACAGACGUGGGUGACAUUGUUCCCCUCCCAACAACACGAUCCAAGGCAUCUUUAGCUUCGACGACGACGACGACAACUCCCAUUGAGGAGGUGGCUGAGGCGUGCACGGGAGAGAAGACGAAAGCUUCGGCGUCGGCCAAGAGGAAAACCCCCGUGAUCAAGAAGACUCCGGAUUCGGCGACUCCCUCUGUAUUGAAGACCCGCAAACCUCAAGCAAAGCCAAAGUCCCUCGCCAGCCCACACGAACUCUCUGCGCCAGUGCCAGAAGGAAGGAAAAAGGCAAAAGCUGCGCCUAAGAAAGCAGGAGCCUCAUCCGAAGAAAGCAAGACUCGACUGGCACAGGAAAAGCAGCCAACAACAGCGACGGCAACGACACCAACUGCUGAGCUUGUAUAUCCACGACAAUCCAUGUCCAAGAUCCUUGACCAGGCCAAGGCGUUCUCGAGACAAUCGGAGCAGCUGCAGCUGGAUCUCGUACAGCUGGUGGGACAGAAAGAAGCUGCUUAUGCUCAGUGUCUAUCGUCGCAGCACGUCCAACCCGAUACAAAGGCGACACCGACACCGACAUUACAGGCGUUUUCCGACGUGGACACGCUUCGUAUUCCGGCUGAUGUAUCUUCCUCGAUGGCUCCUUUGAGAAGAGGGACGGCGAGCACGGCGCCACGCCCAGCACCGUGUCUGAAUGCGAAUCCUACCUUGACGAGUGAAUCAGCACAUGCAUUUUCAACACAGACCGUCGUUUCUCUCAGCCAACAACAACAACAGCAACAGCAACCUCCACAUUCCCACCCACAUCCGCCGUCCUCGUUGCUGUCGUCUCCCAUCGGCCCUUCUCAAAACCCCCAGCACCAGGUCCGCCCGUAUUCGUCCACAAAGGCACUUCCCAUGUCCACCACAAUCGCCCUGGCCGCCCGUCAGCACAACGCGACAGGCCAGUCAUUUGGCUCAAAGCCUUCAAUGCCACCACGACCGACCAUCCCUCCAGAGGUGCCUCGUGGACCGAAAUUGUCUGAACUUCCGCUCGAACAACUGAAGAAGGACCCUAGGUACCGGAAGGCGUCGACGCGGUACACCACUUUUGUCGUGGCACUGCCGUUUGCCAUUGUGACGAGUUAUUUCCUAUGGGAGAGGUAUCGCGAGCACCAGGCGUACUUGAAAGUUCGGGAUGCCAGAGCCAAGGGCCAGGACCCUGGAACAGAAGGUCCAGCCUCGACGCCAGCGCCAGGACAGCACGAUCGGGAAUGA